UCACAGUAUUCUUCACUCAACACAACAGUGUCCAUAAAUUUCUCACAUCCUUCUCUCGUGUGCAUUUUCUCUCCCGGAAUGCGCGGGGAUUCAGUUACAGCGAUGCGGUUCCGUCGCUGAUUUCGCGCGUUCGCCACAUUGAACCGCGAAAAGCGAGGUGGUUGCAACUCGAAACUCGAAACUUCAAAGCGUGAGUGAAUCGCAGCACUGUGUCAGUUCAUUCGUUCAUUCGCGUCGAGAUGGUGGUGGCGGAGAAGGUCAAGAUUGGCGUCUGUGUAAUGGAAAAGAAGGUGAAAUGUGGCCCCGAGGUUUUUUCGGCGCCUAUGGGGCAGAUUUUUGACAGAUUACAAGCGUUUGGUGAAUUCGAGGUCAUACAUUUUGGUGACAAGGUGAUCCUUGAAGAUCCAAUAGAGAGCUGGCCAGUUUGUGAUUGUUUGAUUGCUUUCUAUUCGUCUGGAUAUCCCCUUGCAAAGGCUGAGGCAUAUGCUGCUUUAAGGAAGCCUUUUCUUGUAAAUGAGCUGGAGCCCCAAUACCUUCUUCAUGACCGAAGGAAAGUAUAUGAGCGUCUUGAAAUGUUUGGAAUUCCUGUUCCAAGAUAUGCCCUUGUAAUUAGGGAAUCCCCUUACCAACAACUGGAUUACUUUAUUGAGGAAGAAGAUUUUGUUGAGGUUCAUGGUAUGCGAUUUUGGAAGCCAUUUGUGGAGAAGCCUGUUGAUGCUGAUAAUCACAGUAUAAUGAUAUAUUAUCCCAGUUCGGCCGGUGGAGGUAUGAAGGAAUUAUUCAGGAAGGUUGGCAAUAGGUCCAGUGAGUUUCAUCCGGAUGUGAGAAGAGUGAGGCUUGAAGGCUCCUAUAUUUAUGAGGAAUUUAUGCCAACUGGAGGGACAGAUGUUAAGGUGUAUACGGUAGGUCCUGAAUAUGCCCAUGCUGAGGCAAGGAAGUCUCCUGUUGUUGAUGGUGUUGUUAUGAGAAAUCCUGAUGGGAAGGAAGUUAGGUAUCCAGUGUUACUGACUCCCGCUGAGAAGGAAAUGGCAAGAAAGGUCUGCAUUGCAUUCAAGCAAGCGGUUUGUGGAUUUGAUCUCUUGAGAAGUGAGGGACGCUCAUAUGUUUGUGAUGUGAAUGGAUGGAGCUUUGUUAAAAACUCACACAAGUAUUAUGAUGAUUCUGCCUGUGUGCUGCGGAAGAUGUUUUUAGAUGCAAAAGCACCUCAUCUUUCUUCGGUGAUUCCACCAACUUUGCCGUGGAAAGAAAAUGAGCUAGUUCAACUUUCUGAGCCACUAACUCGUCAGGGUAGUGGUAUUAAUGGCUCUUUUGGAGAAUCUGAGGAGCUACGUUGCGUAAUAGCUGUAAUUCGUCAUGGUGAUAGAACCCCUAAACAGAAGGUGAAGUUAAAAGUUACUGAGGAAAAGCUGCUUGAUUUAUUGUUAAAAUAUAAUGGUGGCCGACCUAGAUCAGAGACAAAACUUAAAAGUGCUGUUCAGCUGCAAGAUCUGUUAGAUGCCACACGAAUGCUGGUUCCUCGCACCGGACCAGAUCAUGAAAGUGAUAGUGAAGCUGAAGAUAUUGAGCAUGCUGAAAAGCUCCGUCAAGUUAAAGCAGUUCUUGAGGAGGGAGGACAUUUCUCUGGCAUAUAUAGGAAGGUUCAAUUAAAGCCACUAAAGUGGGCCAAAGUGACAAAAAGCAAUGGUGAAGUUGAAGAACGACCCGUUGAAGCUCUUAUGGUUCUUAAAUACGGUGGUGUUCUUACGCAUGCUGGCAGAAAGCAGGCUGAAGAACUGGGAAGAUAUUUCAGGAAUAAAAUGUAUCCAGGGGAAGGUACUGGGCUGCUUCGUCUCCAUAGUACAUACCGUCAUGAUCUCAAGAUUUACAGCUCUGAUGAGGGUCGUGUGCAGAUGUCUGCAGCUGGUUUUGCCAAAGGUCUCCUUGACCUAGAAGGGCAGCUAACACCAAUUCUGGUUUCCCUUGUUAGCAAGGACUCCUCAAUGUUGGAUGGGCUUGAGAAUGCGAGUGUUGAAAUGGAAGAAGCCAAGGCUCGAUUGAAUGAGAUUAUUACCUCCAGUACAAAGACAGAUGAUGUCAAUGAAUCACCUGAAUUUCCUUGGAUGGUUGAUGGAGCCGGAUUGCCUCCCAAUGCAUCGGAAUUACUUCCCGAGUUGGUAAGGUUGACAAAGAAGGUUACUGAACAAGUACGAGUACUUGCAAAAGAUGAAAAUGAGCAACUUACAGAAAGAAGUUUAUAUGAUGUAAUUCCUCCAUAUGACCAAGCAAAAGCUCUUGGCAAAACAAAUAUAGAUGUUGACCGGAUAGCUGCUGGAUUACCUUGCGGCAGUGAGGGAUUUCUAUUGAUGUAUGCUCGUUGGAAAAAGCUUGAAAGGGAAUUGUAUAAUGAACGCAAGGAGCGCUUUGAUAUCACCCAAAUUCCUGAUGUUUAUGAUUCAUGCAAGUAUGAUCUCUUGCACAAUGCACAUCUUAACCUAGAAGGACUUGAUGAGCUUUUCAAAGUUGCUCAGAUGCUUGCUGAUGGUGUAAUUCCAAAUGAAUAUGGAAUUAAUCCAAAGCAGAAACUGAAGAUUGGCUCAAAGAUAGCUCGUCGGUUACUGGGAAAACUUUUAAUUGAUCUGAGGAACACUCGUGAAGAAGCUAUUACUGUUGCUGAGCUAAAGAAUAACCAAGACAAUAAUUCAUUAUCUGUAAAAAUUGAAAAGGAAGAUGCAGAGGCCAAGUCAAAAAUGUUCUAUAAGAAUGAUGAAACACGAAAAUCCAGCAUGAGCGAUAAAUCAAUGGACCAGGAUGAUGAUGACGAUAAAGAGACCAAAUACCGUUUAGAUCCCAAGUAUGCAAAUGUGAAGACACCUAAUCGUCAUGUGCGAACACGCCUAUACUUCACAUCAGAAUCCCAUAUCCAUUCUCUCGUAAAUGUUCUUCGAUAUUGUAAUUUGGAUGAAUCUCUUCAAGGAGAAGAGAGUCUUGUUUGUCAUAAUGCUCUAGAGCGACUGUGUAAAACUAAAGAGCUUGACUAUAUGAGUCACAUUGUGCUGAGGAUGUUCGAAAAUACUGAGGUGGCUUUAGAAGAUCCUAAAAGGUACCGCAUAGAGCUGACCUUCAGCCGUGGUGCCGAUUUAUCCCCCUUGGAGAAGAAUAAUAGAGAGGGGGCUACAUCAUUGCAUCAGGAGCACACAUUGCCUAUUAUGGGUCCAGAGAGACUGCAAGAAAUAGGAUCAUAUCUAACACUAGAAACUAUGGAGAAAAUGAUUCGCUCAUUUGCCAUGCCUGCAGAAGACUUUCCACCAGCAACACCUGCAGGAUUUUCUGGCUAUUUCUCAAAAGGCGUUCUUGAGCGUCUGGUCAACCUUUGGCCUUUCCAUAAGAAUGCCUAAUGGAAUAUAGUAAGCUUGAAAAUAUUCUUUCUCCCUCUCCUUUAAUCUGUCCUUUCUCAUUUUAUUCAAGGUAAUUAGGGGAAAUCUUGAUCAUCCAAAGUGAGCCUUGAGCUCCUGCGGAAAUUUUUUUGGACCUAACAUUUCUCAACAGCCAACCUAUAAGGUCGAUCAUAGAAAGUAUGAGUAGUUCUAUUCUUUAUUCUUGAUUCAAAUGAAUAAGUACUAAUAAAUUGCUACCACCACAAUAAUUUGUAACAUGUGUUAUAUAUGGUGCAUUUUUGGGAAAUAGAAUCGAUUUUUUUCAAUAACAAGAUGGGCAGCUGAUCUCUAUGAUUUCUUAGAAUCAAUUUUGGUUUAAAGAAGCCACUCUGUAGCUUUUAGAAAAUAGAAUUGAUUCUUAAGGGGUGAUCUCUAUGUAAAUAGCCUGUUUGGAUGCGUACCAGAGAUCACUUAUUAUUUAGUGCUCUUUUUAGUAGAUAAGUUCUGAUAAGUGCCCUCCUAGAUUUGUAAUAUAUAAAUUAUGGAAUGCUGCCUCUUAGGCAGUUACGCCGCCAUUUCAUCAAUAGUAUAUUGUUCUUUUUUGUCU